AUGUCCUACGACAACGAUUCAUCAUCUCGCGGAUACGGCGACAACAAUGACAAUUCGUCAUUUGGAGGUUCGAAUCGCAGGGACGACAACGAUCGGAAUGAAUCAUCCUUUGGAGGAUCAAACCGCAGGGACGAUGACAACGACUCGUCCUCCUAUGGAAACACCAGCCGUGGUGAUACCAACGAUAGCUCAUACGGAUCUUCCGACCGAAAGAGUGGCCUAGACUCGUCUGACAGCUACUCUGGAGGUAACUCUGGCCGCAGCGGACUCGACUCCAGCGACACAUACGGAUCGAGCGGCAACUCUGGCCGCAGCGGACUCGACUCUAGUGACACAUACGGAUCAGGGGGCAACUCUGGCCGCAGUGGACUCGACUCCAGCGAUACAUACGGAUCGAGUGGCAACUCCGGCCGUAGCGGGCUUGAUUCCAGCGACACAUACGGAUCCGGGGGGACCUCUGGUCGCAGUGGAAACGACUCCAGCGAUACAUACGGAUCGGGUGGAAAGUCCGGUGGGCUUGACUCCAGCGACAGCUACGGCAGCGGACGUGAACACGAUACGACGGGCAGUGGAAACACCGACAGCUACUCUUCCCCCGCCCUGGGCGGAAGCAGCCGUAACACGGGCUACGAUGAUGACUCCCGCACUCGCAGCUCGAACACCGACUCUUACUCAGGCGGCACCGAAUAUGGAAGUGGCACGACCUCAGGCGCAGGAUACGGAAACAAGACCAGCAGCGACGAUUACGAUUCCAACGACAGGAACAACACGAGCAACGAUAGCACCGCUGGAAAGCUCAUGGAGAAGGCGGGAAACCUCUUUAAGAACGAUGGAUUGGCUGAGAAGGGCCGUAACAAGCGCGAGGAAGCCGGGCGUGAUAACGACUACUAG